UGUCUAUCACAGUCAUCCUAACAUCUACUUGCUGGGGGCGAGCAUUGCGUAAAAGAUGGGAAGGCGAGGAGUGGCGACCGGAGGCCUUUAAAUACAGGCACACCAAACUUUGAGGACCAUCAGAGAUUCGGGCACUGAGUCUUCAGCAUCUCUCUGAGAGAGGAAUCACCAUCCACGGGCUACAAGGUUCCCCUGCAUACGGCACUUACAGAAAUGAUGCGCAGCAGCAGACCGUCCUCCGCGCUGAACCAGUAUUCCUCCUUCCUCGCCCUCUGCCUGGCCGCGAUGCAUGGGCUCCCACCUGUGGACUGCGCCCCGAACCCUUCACCUCUUCUGGGCUCCAACUGGGGCAACCCGAGGAGAUACAUCCACCUGCAGACCACCACAGACAUGAAUAACUUCUAUCUGGAGAUCAGUUUGAGCGGACAAGUGCGAAAAAGUACAAGCAGAGGUUCUUACAGUGUAAUUUUGUUAAAGGCUCAAACGAGGCAGAGUGUGGCCAUCCUUGGAGUGAAAAGUAACCGUUACUUGUGCAUGGACCUGGAGGGGAACCUUUUUAGUUCUCACAUCUGCAACGAGGAGGACUGUCUCUUCAAUCAUGAACUUCUAGAGAACCGCUACGAUGUAUAUUAUUCAACCAGAAAUGGCAUGCUCGUCAACCUAGACCGGGCCAAGCAGGUAUAUAUCGCCGGACAAAACCUGCCUUCUUCUGCGCUCUUCCUGCCAGAAACCAACACCAUCCCUCUGGAGCGCCUGCUGCACAGAGGAAAGAGGAACAGACCGACCAACCCUGAUGACCCAUACAACACAAAUAUUGAGGCAUCGGACUCUCGCGCCUUGCCAGAGGAACCGGAUCAAGAACCGGAGCCAGAGCUGGAAGCUGGACACGUCUCAAGGGAGAAUCCUCUCUCCCCAAACGAUGACGACCCAUGGAACACACAGACCAAAUCAGUGAUUGCUAGCCCUCGAGGUGAAAUGAUAAUGGGGUAAAACAAUUAGCUUGCAGGUGGGGUCGGCAGAACCAGCGGACAAAGAACUUCUGUAUCAAGUGACCAAAGACAGACCCCGUGAUUGUCAUCUUUGAAACCAUUCCGGUCCUUAGUUUACUCUCGCACUUUUGCGCGCUGACAAUACGCGCCGAUUUGUCCACAGACUCGAAACUUUUGGCGAACUUUCACAUUCCUUUUUAACAUGUAGAAGAAUAUGUUCAAUAUUUAUUGUGCUGUGACGUUACGGAACUUUUAUUUUGAAUGACAUAUAAUACAGUGUAACUGAAGGCUUUAAAUUGGGUGUUCUGACAAUGCUCUUUACGUCAAGCUUUCGGGAGAAAAAUGGCACUUUGUUCAUUCGCCACUCAACUUAACAUAACGCUCUUGGUGCUGGACACCUGCAACCAACCCAAGGACAAUAUCCAAGUAUUUAUUUAUUUAAAUGCGUUCAUUCCUUUUUAUUUAUCGUAUUUAUAAGGAUGCUGUCUGUAAUACAAGUACAAACCUAACUGAUGUCUUGUUGAAUGGUUGUAUAGAGGUUUUACCGCUGUGUGUGUGUGUGUGUGUGU